AUGGAACCCACAGGACAAAAUCCCCCACAGGGAAACCACACUACAUUGACAGGUUUUAUCCUGCUUGGCUUUUCUGAUGUUCCUGACCUCCAAGGAUUUCUUUUUGGCAUAUUUUUGAUAAUCUAUGUGAUUAUUCUGAUGGGAAAUAGCCUCAUUAUUAUAAUAAUCAAGGUUGAUCCUUCCCUACGGAACCCCAUGUAUUUUUUCCUUGGGAACUUUUCUUCCUUGGAAAUAUGUUACGUGUCAGUCAUUGUCCCCAGAAUGUUAACUGAUCUUUGUACACAAAAUAGAAAUAUUUCUUUGCUCGCCUGUGCUACUCAAAUGUAUUUCUUUCUGGUCUUGGGAGCCACUGAGUGCUUUAUUCUGACUGUAAUGGCUUAUGACAGGUAUGUUGCCAUUUGCAACCCAUUACUCUACCCUCUCAUCAUGAACAACAGGAUGUGCAUGCAGUUGGCAGCUGGCUGUUGGAUGACUGGGAUUCCAGCCUACAUACCGUUCACCUACCAGAUUUUCUCUCUACCCUUCUGUGGAUCUCACCAGCUGAAUCACUUCUUCUGUGACGUACCUCCAGUACUUCAGCUUGCCUGUGGGGACACUUUGAUGAUAGAGAUAUUGAUUUAUGUGGUUGCUGUCCUAGUUGUCACUAUUCCUUUUAUGUUGAUUCUUGGAUCUUAUGUGAAAAUAAUCUCCACCAUCUUGAAGCUGCCAUCAGUAACAGGGCGAGCCAAGGUGAUCUCCACCUGCUCUUCCCAUCUCAUGGUGGUGGCUUUGUUCUUUGGAUCAGGCAUCAUUUCAUAUUUGAGACCAAAGUCCAGUCAUUCAACAGGGAUGGACAAAUGUAUUUCUCUCUUUUAUACCAUCGUGACACCAAUGUUUAACCCCAUGAUAUACUGUCUGAGAAACAAAGAUGUUAUAGUGGCAUUGAGAAAAUUCUUGUCAAAGUGGAUUGUUCUAUGA